UAUCAAGCAUUUCCAUUCAGGAUUAAAUUGCACGUAAAAAUAGUUGGAUGGAAGCCCAGGGCAGAAAAAUAUGGCCCUGUCUACAGGCUAAACAGCUUACAUAUUGUCAUGGUCCAGGUUUAUUGCCCUGAGGCAGCAAAGACAAUCCUGAUGUCACCAAAGUAUCCCAAAAAUCCCUUUGUCUAUAAACGUCUCUUUAACUUAUUUGGAAAAAGGUUCUUGAGAAACGGGUUGGUGACUGUUAGAGACCAUGACACUUGGUACAGACAGAGACGUAUCAUGGAUCCAGCCUUUAGCAGCCAAUACUUACGAGGCAUGAUGGGAACUUUUAAUGAGAUGUCAGAACGUCUAAUGGACAAACUGGAGGAAAAAGCUGACAAGAAAACAUCUGCUGUCAUGCACGACCUGGUCAACUGUGUCACACUCAACGUCAUUGCCAAGCUUUUCCCUAAGAACUGGAAGAUGGUGGGACAAUUUAAAGAUGCUGCUGAACUCCUGCGUAAAACAGGCAAGAAAUGGAUACAAAAAAGGAGGACAGCCAUGGAAAAUGGCGAAGAAGUCCCCAAAGACAUUCUUACCCAAAUUCUCAAAACGGCAGAGGAAGAAAAAGCUAACAAUGCAGAAGAUCAUGAGCUGAUGUUGGACAUUUUCGUUACUUUCUUAAUCGCAGGACAAGAGACAACAGCCAAUCAGCUCUCAUUUGCAAUAAUGGAAUUAGGGAGACACCCCGAGAUAUAUAAAAGGGCUAAAGCAGAGGUGGAUGAAGUCCUUGGGACAAAAAGGGACAUUUCAAAUGAAGACAUAGGAAAACUCACUUACUUGUCUCAGGUGUUGAAGGAGACUUUGCGUCUAUACCCAUCGGCUCCAGGAACAUCUCGCUGGCUGCCUGAGGACAUGGUUAUUAAUGGUCUGAAAAUCCCAAGAGGCUGUGCUGUUACUCUCAGUACUUAUGUCUCCUCAAGAAUGGAUACAUUUUUCAAAGAUCCACUCAAGUUUGAUCCAGAGAGAUUUCAUGUGAAUGCCCCAAAGCCUUAUUACUGCUACUAUCCAUUUGCACUUGGACCACGAUCCUGUCUAGGACAGGCCUUCUCACAGAUGGAGGCAAAAGUUGUGCUUGGCAAACUGCUUCAGAGAUUCGAGUUCAGUCUGGUUCCUGGACAGUCGUUCGACAUUAAAGACACAGGAACUCUGCGGCCCAAGAGUGGCGUGAUCUGCAACAUCAAACACUGCACACAGAAAUUCUUCUAGGUCCAAGAUCUGAAUAUUUUUGACAAAUCUUAUGUACUGAUCUGUUUGCCAUCAAACUCUUGUCCAUUAUUCAAAAAUGAACCUGAACACAGAAGUUUUAACAACUUCAUUUAUGUGCCACAUGCACUUAUUAAAAUGUAUUCUGUUACUACAUAAACAGUAUACAAUAUUAUUAUUUUAUCUUACCUUGUAAACCAUUCAGAAAGCUGUUUUAAUACACUACCUAUUAAAAGU